AAUAAAUCUACAACAACAACAACAAAAAAAGAAAAGAAAGCAGUAACAUGCCUUUUAUCUCAAAAGAUUGGCGUUCACCCGGCGAGGCAUGGGUCAAGACUGAUGAGGGCUGGGAGCGGUUAAAGGUGCUCGAAUGCGGUAAACGUAAAAGACUUCCAUCCACUAACGAAGAUAAUUAUGAAAGUGACGACAACAACGAGGAAACCAUACCACCACACUGCCACAUCACGAUUCGAUGUACCCGCGAAAUAGCCGGUUUUAAUGGUCUCGGUGAAGCCGUACGACGUUUGGAUUUCCGUAGUUCGGUGCGCGAUCGACGACGCUUCCAUUACAUUGUGGCGCUGUUGCGGCUGCUGGUGGCCCACAAAGGCAUUGCCAAUUUGUCGGGCAGUGCCCAGAAGCAACUGUUGCAAAUGGUCGAAGAAGUGGCCUCACAUGUUAGUGACAGCCAACAACAUUUGAAUGUGUUGCGCGGCCUGGCACUGCAACUGCAACACAUCGUCUAUCAGGAGAAUCAAAAGUGCUGGGGCAAACCGUUGGGUAGCUCCAAUCUGUGGCAGGAACAUGUCGAGACCAUUAAGCGGAUCCAACAGCUAGCCAAUCAAAUUGAAAUCAAGGAGCCUGGCCCCGAAAUACGUCCAAAAUUGCACGAUUUACCUGAAGAAUGUAUACGAGAGAUAAUAUUGCGGAUUGCCGAUCACAGGGAUUUGGAGGCCUCUGCUGAUGCCUGGAAAAUCAUGUCCAAACUGGUCAAUGAACAUCGCAUAUGGCGCGAAUUGAUACGUUUCCAUUUCAAUCAAAAUCAAAUCGAUUCGAUUUUGGAACUGAAUAAAUUAAAAAGCCUCAACGAUGUCGAAGAUUGGAAGAAAUUCUAUCAUCAGCUAAGACGGACCUAUGGUCUCAACGAUGAUUAUCAAUUUGCUGAGAUAUUAUCACUGUGUCGUUAUUGCUGCUGUCUCUUUUGGCCCUCAGAUGGUCAUCCCUGUAUUGUCGAUCAAAGUCCUGACUAUAAGCAGAGGUUAGAGGAAGCCGGCAGCCAAUUGACAUUGAUACAGCCAGUGCCACCGGCACAAUUUUUGAAAUUUUUCUCUUUGUAAAUUUUUUU